UUGUGGACGCUAACAAAGAGGAGAAAAUCCAGCAUCUGAAGCUCUCACUUGAAAAUUGGUGCCAUGGAUGCAGCAGAGUUUCGGCGCAGAGGCAAGGAGAUGGUCGACUAUGUGGCUGACUACCUGGAAAAUGUUGAAAAGCGAUCAGUCUACCCAGAUGUUGAACCGGGGUAUCUCCGUUCUUUGAUCCCCACUGAGGCGCCACUGGAGCCAGACAGUUAUGAUGAAAUUAUUAAAGAUGUGGAGAGGGUCAUAAUGCCUGGGGUCACCCACUGGCACAGCCCAUACUUUUUUGCCUACUUUGCAGCUGCCAGCUCUUACCCUGCCAUGCUGGCCGACAUGUUAUGUGGAGCCAUUGGCUGUAUUGGAUUCUCAUGGGCUGCCAGUCCAGUCUGUACAGAGUUGGAGACAGUGAUGUUAGACUGGCUGGGGAAGAUGCUGAAACUGCCUGAGCAUUUUUUAGCCGGAACCGAUGGCCACGGAGGAGGUGUCAUCCAGGGUACAGCCAGCGAAGCGACCCUGAUGUCCAUGCUCGCUGCCCGCUGUAAAGCAGUCCGCAGGGGUCAAGCUCUCAACCCAGAAAAAUCAGAGGCUGAAAUCCUCUCCAAACUGGUGGCAUACACCUCUGAGCAGGCUCACUGCUCGGUGGAGCGUGCGUCUCUGAUUGCCGGCACGAUGAUAAAGAAGGUUCCCACAGACAACAGCUAUGCUGUUGGGGGGGCCAUGCUGAAGAAGAUGCUGGAGGAAGACAAAGCAGCUGGACUCAUCCCCUUCUAUUUCUGUGCCACUCUCGGCACCACGCCAUCAUGUGCUUUUGAUCGCAUCACUGAGCUUGGGCCCAUAUGUAAUGAGGAAAAUAUGUGGAUGCACAUUGAUGCAGCAUAUGCCGGGAGUGCAUUCAUCUGCCCUGAAUUUAGGCCUCUGUUGAAUGGCGUUGAGUUUGCAGACUCUUUCAACUUCAACCCACACAAAUGGCUUUUAGUCAACUUCGACUGCUCUGCAAUGUGGGUGAAGAAAAGACAGGACAUUAUCGGAGCCUUCAAGAUGGAACCACUCUACCUGAAACACGAAAACCAGGAGUCAGGGCUAGUCACAGAUUAUAGGCACUGGCAGAUCCCACUGGGAAGAAGGUUUCGCUCACUAAAGAUGUGGUUCGUCUUCCGUAUUUAUGGACUCCAUGGCCUGCAGGCUCAUAUACGCAAGCAAGUGGGACUGGCCAAAGAGUUUGAGAGUCUUGUACGAGCGGACAAGAGAUUCGAGAUCUGCGCUGAGGUCAUCAUGGGACUGGUCUGUUUCAGGCUCAAGGGCUCCAAUGAAUUAAACCAGCUCUUGCUGAAAAAGAUCAACAAGAGCAGAGAGAUCCACCUGGUGCCUUGCCAGCUCUCAGGCCGCUUUGUACUGCGCCUUGCCAUCUGCGCACGCACUACUGAGUCAUACCACAUCCAACAAGCGUGGCGGCACAUCACCCAGCUGACCUUUGAGCUUUUGCAGGAACACAAUAAAUGACCAACAGGCUUAAUAGGGGCUGUCCACACCGAUGCCAAGAUGAGGACCAAAGUUAGGACAAAGAUUCUGAGUUCCAUGUCGCAAAUGUAAAAUGUCAAAAAGGGAAUAAACAAUGAUUUCACAACAAUCUUAGCAGUCAGGCAUCUUUCUACCUGAAGCGGUAUCCAGGUUAUCCAGUCUAGUAAGUAGUGGUAAAUAUUUUGCUGAUUUAAUGUAUUAUUUCACAAAAUAACCCAAAGGUGUAUAAAAGUAAAGAGGGCAGGUUCUAAAUAUUACAUUUUCUAUGUGCAACUUCUCCCUCUAUUGACUUUUUUUAUUUGUCAGUCUCUAAUCAUUUUGUUUUUGUCCUCAUCGUAAUGCAGUCAUUCCGCUGCACAGAUGUCUUUACUGCGUAUGCCGCUUCUGUGUCUUUUAUGUAAAGAAUUUGGUUGACAUGGGAUGAUUUUUUUGUGAUUCUGCAAUGAAUGUAUUGCACAUUUUGUGUGAGAAUGAUUAUUUGAGUCUGUGUGUCAUCAGUUCUCUGUGGGAGCCCAUACAGAAACAGCUUUUUUAUGUCUAUGUUUAGUGAUAUGUUUCAGUGAAGGAUUAGAAACAAAUGAGUUGUGAAAGUCUGAGGAAAAAUUACUUUAUCACAUUAUCUUACUGUAGUUUGGCUAUAUAUUUUAUGAAAGGGUUCAUAGAGCCUGUGAAGUUAAAUGAUUCUAACAUUACUCCAAGUAAUUAGGGCAAAUCCGUUUUAUAAGUGCAUUUAUUUAUUUAUGACAUAGGUAAUUAAGUUUAAUAUAAAACGGCA